AACGGGGAUACGGAAGCUCCAAGAUUCCACGCCUCACCCAAAUUCAUACAGGCCCCAUCGGUUGCAGUACCGGGGCUCACACUAGCAAACGGCGAAAGAAAAACAACAAAAGAAGAAUCCCGUGAUUUGAAACUCCAGAACUUUGCUCUGCCAAAAAAUAGGUCACGGCCUCGAAUCCAUAGUGUCACAGGCCAGUACCAGACUAUUAAUGGGCCUCUUCUUGAUGGCGGAAGGAAAUUAGCAGCAGUCCUCGAUGGAGCAAAAGGCCACACAGAUGAGGACUAUGAAGACCCUGAGCUUCAUAUGGUAGAAGCACGGCAAUCAGUGAAAAUUUUACCAGCCAGGCCUAUAAAGGAACCUGAAUAUGCAGAUACACGUUAUUUCAAGGGUGUGAUGGACACGCCCCUUUCCUUAGAUGCCAAGACCUCUAUCCCCACAGACAGGCAAACCUGGAUGAGGCUGGAAGAAGUGGAACAACCCAUUUCCAGGGAUAUCAGAGGCCAACAUGUUAAAGGAGACAAACCCACAAAGGGAAACAAGACUCCUUUACCACCUCCUCGGCCGCCCAUCACUCUUCCAAAGAAGUACCAGCCCCUGCCCCCUGAGCCGGCGAGCAGGCCACUCUUCCCUCCGAGGUACACCUUUCCCGAAGUCCAGAGAGGGUCCAGACAGAUAAGCUUAAAGAACUUAAGUGAGGUCCUUGGAACAGAGAAAGUUCCUCAUCAUCAGAUGAAGCCUGAAUUAUCUCACCUGUCACAAAACCAAAGUCCUCAAGAGACUCCUCUUGCCAUUGCCAGCUCUUCAUUCGUGACUCACAACCACAGUGUACAAAACAGAGAUCAUAAAGAAAGCAUGCAGUCCUAUCCUCCUCAGAGAUGUCCGUCUCCAGCCAGCUAUGGCCCUCUGGAAAAUUUGCUACGUUGUAAAAACACGAGCAGGAAGAAACCUUUCCCCACAAGGUCUGACGAAGAGGAUAUCCGGCACAACAGAUGGUACAUUGGAGAAUACAGUCGCCAGGCAGUGGAAGAGGCAUUGAUGAAGGAGAACAAGGAUGGCACCUUCUUGGUCCGAGACUGUUCCACAAAAUCCAGGGCGGAGCCCUAUGUGUUGGUGGUGUUUUAUGGGAACAAAGUCUACAAUGUGAAAAUCCGCUUCCUGGAGAGGAAUCAGCAGUUUGCCCUGGGGACAGGGCUCAGAGGAGACGAGAAGUUUGAUACAGUGGAAGACAUCAUCGAACACUACAAGUAUUUUCCUAUUAUACUCAUUGACGGGAAGGAUAAAACUGGGAUCCACAGGGCACAGUGUUACCUGACUCAGCCCCUCCCUCUCAACAGACACUUCUCACUUAUGUAG